AUAUAAAUAUUACUAAUGGUGAAUUUAAGUAGUUCCAAUUAUAACAAUCAAUUGUUACAUAAAUAAGAAAAAAAACUUUUAUUUCUUUAAAAGUGUAAAGACAAUAUUAAUAUUAUUAUUCUUAUUAAAAUACUAAUAAGUAAUAUUAAUAUUAUUAAUAUUAUUAAUAUUAUUAUUAUAUUAAAAUAAAAUGUUACGUUCAACUUCAAAUAAUGUUUUAAAACAGAGACAAAAUUUAAUACAAUGUUUGAAUAUGCAAAAAUCUACAAAAGGAAAAAAUAAUACAUCAACAAUAAAACCAAAUGUUUUAGGACUCAGUGAAAAAUGUUGUAAAGUUCCACGAACACCUGUAGGCCCUAAUGCUGCUAAAAAUACAGAAUAUAAAAAUCCAGAAUAUUUUUGUUAUCAUACAGAAUCUUUUGGAGAAGCGGAAGUAGAAUUAGCAAAAUAUAGAUUACCAGCUCCUUCUAAUAAAGUGCCUUUUCAUAAAUAGUUCAUUGUAUUCUAUUGAUAAAAAAUCAUGUAGUAAGUAAGAAAAAAUAAUAAAUAAUAUUUAAA